AUGCUACGUAGUCAACAUCCAAAGGAUAUAGCCGAUUUGGAUUGGGUCCAUCGAAACGUCGAAGAUAAUUUGGAUGACCAAAAAAUAGUAUUAGCUCUUGAAAGAACAUUAGAAGCAACACUACAAUGGUCAACCGAUAAAGAUACAAUGAUUUUCGGAGCGGCGACCAUCAAACGGAUUCUAGUUAUAAUCAACGAUAACGCAAGUCUCAGUCUACCUCAUGCAUUUUUCGACAAAAUAAUCUCUUAUAUCCGACGGGUUUGGAAUUAUCAGGCUGAUAUUGUGUGUCAUGAUGCUGUUGAUAUUUUUACGAUUCUUAUCAAAAUUCAUCAAAAUCAAUGCGACUAUUGUCAAGAAAUGUAGGGUUUUGCUAGAUUGAUUUCUAAAGAUCUGAACAUUUUUUCAGACCACCUGACGAAAGCGCAGCUAACUGUGAUUGGAUAAAUGAGACGAUUCAAUGGCUUCUAGAACCAACCAGUUUAUAUAGAUCGAGAUUUAGAUGCCUUGUAAGAAUCCUCAAAAAAUUAAUCAAAUAUAUACUAAAAUUCCAGCUUGGACUCGUCAAAAUCUGCCCAACACUUUGUGUCAACUUGUCUCCUGAUUUCUUCAAUCGAGCUUAUGUUCAAUUGAAUAAUCCAACAUUGUCAGGUGUGAUAUGUGAAAUGAUUGUUUUUCAUCUUCAAGGAUAUCCGGAUUUAUGGGAUUUUCAUGCGACUUCCAUCAAAGAUUUUGCCAUGGAAAAUGAGAGAAGUGUUAUCAAAAAUCGACUUUUGAAAAUGAUCGAGAAGAAAGAAGAACUCAUUGGUUUCAGUUUGAUGCUAUUCAGCGAAGUGAAAAACGUGGAAGGGCUUGAAGAUGUAGUUCUUGAAGUAUGUCGAAGUUUGAUAAGUCAUCAAGGAAAACUAGCGAUUGCUGAUAGUUCAAUGCGUCCAAAUCCUGAAUGGUCUGAUUUCCUCUCAAAUAAUUGGAUAUUUGAUCAAAUUCUUCAUGUUAAUCCAAAUAUUUCAAUCUCUGCAUUUCGUCUAAUCGUCGAAAAUCCGAAGAAAACUCGACCAUUUACUGAUCAAGACUUCGAAUUGAUUAAAAUAUUCGUUGAUGCAAAUAUGAAUCAUCAAUCAUCCGGAGGCCGCCAAUUGAUAUUGAAAAUCCUUAAAACAGCUUUGUUGAGAAUUGGAGAAUCUUUGGAGGCUCCUUUGAAAGAUGUGAAAAAAGCGAAACAUCGAAUGGAAGAAUUGACUCAAGGAACAGCGACAGCUACAAUUCGACAAGUUUUAAAAGAUGAUCAAGUUGAUGAGGAAAUAAAGAAUGCUGAAGAAUUUGUGCGAUUUCUUGCAAAAUCAUCAUUCGAUCAUUUGAGAAAGAAUGCGAAUUUCAAUCGGCGAAUAAUGGCAUUAUGCCUCAUUGAAUUGUUAUACACAAAAUCGAAUUAUAUUUCAAAUGGGAAAUGUGAGAUAUUUCAAAGUUAUCAUUAAUUUUAUUUCAAUUUCAGGUCGUUUCGUGGAAUAUCUAAAUCUCGAAUCAACGCUAGGUUCAAAUCGUCUUAAAUCGAUACAAAAUUGUUUGGAUGAUUCUUAUGAUUUAUGCCAAAAAGUAGCAUUGGUUAUUCUGAAAAAUGUUGAUUUUGGAGAAACAUCAAUCGAUGAAGAGGCAUAUUUGAAAAAUAUUGAAAAGUUGAUGGCAUCUGUGAAAACAAGAAACACAUCUGCUGCCGGUUAUCGAAUUCGUUAUUAUAUUCAUAAAUAUCCAACAAGAAUUCAACCAUUAUUACUCAAAUUUUGUCAAAAACUUGAUGAAUUCACCAAAAAAUCCGAAGAAAAUCUUCUGAACAUUACCACUUUUUCAGUUCAUCCAAUUUUGAAUAUAAUUGAGGCAAUAAUUGAAAAUGCUGAUUUGGAUGUGAAGUUUUGCAAGACAUUUUUAUCCACUGAUCUUCUUCCAAUUUGUCAUCGAAUUGUUGAAGUUGUAACACCUGUUGUUCAUAAUUUGUCACCCGAAGGAUAUUAUCCAGAAUUUGAGGAAAACUCACAAAAUUCUUCGCAACAUCUGUUAGUUUGCUGUUGGAGAGCGCAUAAACAUAUUUCAGCGAUUUUUGCGUGGAUUUUUAAGAAUUCGGUGAGUUUUUCUGGGCUGGCAUAGAAACUGCUUUCCGUUGUGCAAUAAUUCACGUACACUAUUUCUAGUUCACGUUGUACAUAUAUAUUUUUUGCCCAAAAAAUGAAAGAUACAUUUUUUGGUGAGUAAAUGUUGCAAAAUCGAAAAAAAAGAAAAUUAUAUAUUUUUUUCAUUGUUUCAUGUUUUUAUUUCCAGUUAUGCAAUCAAUUAGCUGAUGAAGAAGUUCAUAAAAUCGGUGAAUUUUACUGGACCCAGUUAACUGAAUGCAAACAUCGUGGAGCUUUUGAAUGUGCAGUUGAGGGAUUCAACAAAGUUUGUCUAUUCCUUUGGACUUCGGAGAACCCGAAUCAUCCGAAACCAAAUUUAUGGCUUGAUCAAAUUCUCGAUUCUCUCAAAGGCAAUGUCGAAGUAUCAAAAAAUCUGUGUGCAACUCGAAGAAGCGCCGGACUGCCACAUUUAAUUGUUUCGAUUGUUCAAACUGCACCGAAUCUGGAUGCUUUGCAAAAAACUGCGGAAAAAUUGAUGGAUAUGGAGGGGAAAAAUGAGGAGAUGAGAAUUCAUUCGAUGAAUUGUAUGAAGGCUUUGGUUGCAGCGUCGAGUUUGAAUGAGAAAAUCACUUUUGCCUUGGAGGUUUGUGGGGGGAAAUUUGAUUUAGGGAAAAAUCAAUAGUUGAGUUGUUCAGCUGAUGCUGAUAAGUCCAAGUUACCAAAAUUAAUUGAAAAUUUCACUUUUCAUAAAUUGCUACGUCACCAUUUUAUUUUUCAGAAAACCCUCUCUGUGGCAAUUUCUGCAUGCCGUGCUGAUUGGAGUGAGCGAAACGCAGCUUCCCAACUUUUUGCCGCAGUUCGAACUCGAAUUUUUGGAGUAAGCAGAUCAAUCCAAAGAACUCUUCAAAUCGACCAAAAAAAUCGACAAUCAAAUCUCGAAUUCUUCUCAAAAUUCCCAAGCCUUUAUAUGACUUUGAAAGAACAAAUUGAAAAUGAGCCGGAUUCGGAAUUCUCACUUCUUCCACCAUUGAUUCUUUUAUCUCAUUUAAUUCCAACAACAACGAAUAUCUAUUCACUCAAACCAUUUAUUCCACUUCUUCUCAAAAUUGCAUUGAAAGAAAAAAAGAGAAAAUCUUCGAGCUCAUGCUUGUCAAGCUAUUUUAUCGAUUUCCGAAGAUUCAGAUGA